AUGUUGUUCAGUAUUUUUAUACAUCUUUCCAGAGCUUUUGUUCCGCGAUGCUUAGAUGAGGAUCUGUUUCAAGAUUGCAGGCAUCUUUGCCGUCUUGAUUAUGGCUACUGUAAUAUUUUGUGCGAGACUGACUACUGUUUUUCAUUUUGUGAGAAUCAAUAUGAAACUUGUAUCGCAUCCUGUCCAUGUGGGGAACACUGUCCAACUGGCUGUGAUUAUUGUCCGAAUCCGAUCUGUGAAAAAGAAACAACAACUUCUUCAACUACAACUACAACUACAACUACAACUACAACUACAACUACAACUACAACUACAACUACAACUACAACUACAACCACAACUACAACUUUAAGGGGGUGUCGAAAAAAUUUUCUCGACCACCACCCCUUAAUUACAACUACAACUACUGAGCAACAACCCUCUGAAACAUGUGACUGCCCGGAGGGAUUGUUUUGUUUUAAUGCUGGAGAUGGAUACUAUUGCUUCAAACAAGCCACACUCGUUAAUCUCAAAUAUCAGACUUAUAUUAAUUGUGGAAAAAUUCCUGAAGAAACCUUUCUUAUCGAGCAGGGCCAGAAAGGUGACUACGCUAUCAAACUCGAAUUGAGCAAAGAUCCUCAUCCUCUAUGGCUUACCCCAAGAUUUAAUGAAAACGGGACUUUCGAUGAUGGUUACGUAAUAAAUACACACGCAUAUGACAAUAAUGGUGCCGCAGCUUAUCACAAGGGCAAUUCAGGAGAUGCAAUUUUUCACAAAGAACUUGAUGGUGCGAAUAAUACAAACGAAAAAUGGAAAUUCGAAAAGCAUUGCGAUGAAGGUGAUAGAGAUGUCUGUCUUACAUGGAGAAUAUUAGCUGUUGAAGAUAAAGCGGGAAAGUACAUGUAUGCGAAAAGCGCAAGUGAUCCUCGUCUUUAUCUUGAGAAGUUCAAUGAUAGAGAUGAGAAAGCCUUUCUCUGGACAAUAGAAUUUUCAUGA